UUUGAAUACUCCACAGGUAUUUAGUUGUAUAGUGUGAUUACCUUAAACAAACAUAAGGCUUCAGGAAUAUAAUACAAUACAAGAUAACCUUAAGGUGCUUCAAAUAUACGAUACUUUGUAACAGACAUUAUCAAUACUGGUGAUUCAAACGAAUAUAAUGAUUUUCGUGAACCAGUGAAUUUCGCUGUUUGUCCGUAAUAUGACGAAUGGACAAUAGUUCUGAAAAGAAGAUGGCCCCGGCCCUUCACAACACUGAGCACGAGCCUGACACAAUUAAACAUUGCUUCAAGUUGCCUCCCGACUCCCCAGAAUCUGCGCUAACUGUUCGAAAUGAUACGGUUUAUACAAAGAUGAAUGGAUCCUACUCACCCUUAAGCCCAGUAUCAGAUGAUGUACAUGAAUCUGCAACACCUGAUGUGCAAGAUGAAUUCAAGAGUCGACCAAUUAACCACAAAACUCCAGUAGCUGUUCCACCAUAUUCAAACCAUGGUGGCUCAGGAGACUUUGUCACUCGAAGUGAAGAGCAUAGAACGAGAACAUUACAGAAGACAGAGGAAUGUCAGUCUGUUGCCACGCACUGUGGAGAUGGAUUGGUAUCCACCAGGAAAUCAAACGGUUGGCCAAAGAAAUGUUCAUCUGAACAGUCGGAAGUUAUUGCCAAAGUUAACGGAACAAAUAACCACGCUACAGAUGUCAUAAAUUCAGAAACGAAUCAAGAAAAAUUAACAGUGAACGGAAAUUCUCAUGAAACUAAUACAUCUUUGACUCCAUCCUCUGAUAAUAACCUGGAAACUAAAACUACAACCUCCCUAAUUAUUACACCAGUGUCAGAAGCUGUCACGGUCAGUUCUGCAACCACUGAUAUGUCCAUAUCUGUGGAUGAACACCGCACCACACCCACAAACUGACUACCCAAUUAUCAAUGAGUCAUUCGGCAAAAACUCCCAAACCGCAACUGAUGUUACAUCUCAGGGAAUGUCUACAUCUGUGUCUGCCAAUAUAUUGAAUAAUGACUCUGUUCCUAUGGAUAUCUCUGAUACCAACGUUCCGCAAUCAGUUCCUUCUUCAGACAUUGAAACCUUAAAAACAGCAGACAUUGAAACCUUAAAAACAAGUUCUCCAGCUGAACCAAUGGACACUUUACCAGUAACCGCAGCUGCACCAACCACAGAAACUUUGGAUGUACAAACAAGCUUUUCAAGUGACAGCGAUGCGACUCUAAUUGCUUCAAACAGGCAAACAGAAGCUUCCGUUGUAGCAGAUGUAACAAACAUAAACAGUCAACCAUCAAGUACAGUUAGCAUGGUCCCAUCUCUUUGUCUGGCUGCAGGAAGCAGUGAGGCGACCCACAUGGUUAGCCAAGCUGAAACGGUUUUAACAUACAAGGCACGUUCCCCAAUCUCUUCACACUGUGUUUACGAUAGCAAACUGGAGAAUGUGGAGCAGCCGAAUGAGGCAAAACCAGACCUAGUAGCGGACUUAAAAGUGCCAGACCUUCUGGGUCUUGCUCGUGAUUUAAUAACGGGCAAUCACAUGCAGCAUCUCCCUUUGAAGCUUACCAACACUCUACAGGAGUUGGCAGCUUCAUUAACGAGAGGUCAAAGUGAAAAGGUUGAACCAACCGACUCCGUGAAACCUGAACUUCCAACUUCACGUAGACGUUCCUCCAAGAGCUUGAACUUUGAGCCAGAAACACCGGAAACUGUGACAGGCAUCACGAACAUGGCUGAAAUUCGUAACCAGCACCUAUUACAACAUGCGGACGUUGUAAGGAGAAGAGUCUCCUUAGAAGGUCGGCUAAAUUUACUUUCACGCCGUUUAAACCGUAUUCGUGCAGCCAGCUUCUGCAAGCAUCUCUCCACCGAGUUAUCUGAUGUAUCAGAUUCGGUAAAGCCAGAAAAACACCCAAUAAAAUCUUCUCCAAUAAAGACGAGCCUUGUUGCUAAGGAUCUCGAAGUGUGGAGGAAUAUUUUAAGCCGAAAACUUUCAGAUCGUAGACCAUUUACUUCAGAUGGUCAGUCAUUUAAUGGUGCUCUGUCAUCAGAAAACUCAGGUUUACUGCAUUCUAACAAUGCUUUAUUAAGUGGAGUAGCCAAGCCUGUUGGACUGGAGCUUUAUGAGCAGAUCAGAGAUCGGACAGGUCUUGUGAAAAAGGAACUUCACCACCUGACCAAGGUUUUUGAUGGAGAUGUCACAGAUAGCAGUUCAGAUGAAGAAACCACAGAUACUGUGUAUCGGGGUGGGGAAUGUAUUUAUCCUUGUAAUGUGAAGAACUCAUCCACCACACAGGGUGGGCACUUGAACUUAAAAGAGCGGAAACGCUGUGUAACAUCAUCAGCAUCAUGGCGUUGGGCGAACGAACGCACGUCAGUUGCCAAACGAUGGACUUGGUUGCAAGCGCAAGUUUCUGAUCUUGAGUUCAAAAUCCGACAACAUACUGAAAUGCACAGGCAAAUGCGACUUGCAAAGGGCGAGGCUGUUUUCUGUGAGCAACCCCCUCAUACUUCACCUGUUUCUGUGUCAGAUAUUACAAUCCCUGCCAACACCCAGAGUGGCAGUCAAUCCCCCACAACACAAAUAGAUUCAAAAAUUUCCACUAACAAGGGUGGCAACACUGAUUCACCAUCUCCCUUCAACGUCACCAAGCUUGUAAACAACGUGCAUCGACAAACAUCUAACUUGUUGGAUAACCUUUCCCCACUUUCUGCAAGGACUCCUUCACCUUCAGAAAAUUGUCAAGAUGUAAAAAGUGCCACCCCUGAGCCUACCGUAGAAGUUCCACCCACCCACCAACCCACCAGUGGCUUUACCCACUCAUCUGCACGCACACGACCUCUAAGAAGCAAAUUACGCAAGCGACGAAUUGUGUGUCCGCCCAACAUAGAAUUCCUCAACAAAAAGUUGUCUCUGAGGUUAAGCUCAUUUAUGACAAACAACACUAAGUGGUACAAAGAGAAGAAGAGUGGGAAAGAUAAACAGGAGAAAAAGAACAAGAGGAAGCAGAAAGAGGCGAAACGAGAAGAGCGAACAAAAAAUCGAACUAAAUCGGCAAAUGUGGUCCACGAAAGAAGUGAUAAACUCAUCCGUUCAAUGAGCGCUCUUCAGAGGAAUACGUCAAUGGAUGAAAGAUCCUUCGAACCGAGGAAACGCAGAGGAAGUGUACAGUUGAUGGCGGAUUUCAACAAACGAAACCGAGUUGCUUCAGUUGAUUCUGAUGCAGAAUUACAUCAUCAUAGAAGUGGAGCAAGCACUCCAACUGAAGCUACACUUGGUCAUUCGGGCAGCGGAAUCCAACUUCAUGCACUUAUGAAACGCAAGCGAGCAGCCGAUCAGGCUUACGAUAUAAACAACAUCGUUAUUCCACAACAUGGCUUGACUGCCCCUCGUAUUGAGAAGCUUCAAUAUAAGGAGAUUCAAACACCAGGUUGGAGACCCAUACCAAGUGAAGAGGCAACAAAACCUACAGAUAUUUCGCCGCUAGAUGACGCUGAAGAUGUGGUAGAAGACCUGCUCGACACUGCGUACCAGAUCCGACACGAUCGGUACGAGAUAUUGGAAAAAAAGAAGUAUGUAGCUUACAUGGAGUGGUCCAUGAACAAAAAGAAUGGCACACGGGUGAUGAGUCGUGCCAACUUACCCACCACUUCACCCUUCUUUGAUACCCCAUCUUUGCGAGAUAGCCCCACACCAAACAUGGGGUCUCCGGAACUCCCCGUACCCAGCAGCCCCGAAGAAGCUAGCGGUGGUUCCCCUGCCCCUCUUGUUCGUUCAAGGAGAUCUUCCUCCGAUCACAACAACAUCCAAAGAGCAUCGGUGAUGGUCACACCGAUCCCGGACAUGAAACCUCCAUUGCGGGAGUCGCUUUCCUCGGAGGACGGAAGACCAGCUCGUGCUCGGCCGAUGGAGGAGUCGUGGGCUGAACGUUGCUUUCCUCUCAACGAUGAAGAUUUUCACGAGUUAAUGAAAACGCCAGUGGUCGAGAACACGCCUUCAUUUAGCGGAGACAGCAGCAACCGGUUCCGGCCGAUCGGACGCACCGGUCCCGAUACGAACACAGCGUUCAAAUACAAAACCCCGAAGUCAAUCGACGGUUUGCCAGCUAAGCGUCGACGUACGGACUCCACUUUGUCGUCUGUAUCUCGUGACGACGACAGACACAGCGAUUGUUCUACGACUUCGUCUUAUUCAGCGCGUCCUUCGAUCGCGCACAAAGAGGUUUCGCCCACGCAGCCCCGUCGACACAAACCGACGAUAAAGCCCGACUUCUACGUGUACAGCGACCUCGACACUGAUACCGACUCCCAAAGCACCGACUCUGCGGACGAGGAACCCCAAAUAUCAGGCGACGAUCGUCCCGAGCCUUACCAUCGCCACUCAACGAACUCAGCUCGCUGGUUCGCUAAGCCUGUAGACGGCCACGCGUCACCGCCAGUGCACAGGACUCCAACCGUGGAGCAGAAAGGUCCUUUGCUGCUAAAAAUUAAAAAGAAAUAAAAAAACACCACCAUCACCUGCGCAACCACAGAGCACAGCAACCAUAAUACAAAUCUCGCAUUACUGCCACUAUUCCUACCCAUCCGCUCUGUCGUCAUCAUUUCCAAAGUACCAUCUUCGACUGUGCCAUUCUUUCAGUAGCUUUGCUUUCGACUACGAUUUUUCUAUUUCAAAUUUUCGGGCUUGUACAUCGUUUUUAGAAACAGUUCUUUAACCCUUUCGUGUGUUCGUAUAUUACGUACAGGCACGCAAAGGUUAAAUCCUAUGCGUAGAUUAGUCUUGUUAAAUCUUGUUACAUGUUGCAUUACAAUUCAACGAACACGGCUCUUUUUAAUUCUCCUUGAACCCGAUUUCUUCCCGACCGAAGUAGAAUAUAUUUGAAGGUUUCUUUCUGUACAGUCAUGCUUGGGAGAGGUCUGGAAACCGAGUGAUGUCACUUCGACGUCGCUUUUACCGCCUCUCUAAUUCCAUAUCUGCGCCUUUUUACCGCUCUACACAGUGGUUCUGCAACGGACUGGUUCUUUUAAUACACUGCUUCGUGAAUU